GCGCGGGGCGGGGGCAGAGGUGAGCGGCGCCGGGCCGCCGCAGCCGGCCUUCCUCCCGCGCCGCACGCCCCGGCGAGGGGCCCGGCUUCCUUGACAGCGGAUUCGUAGGCGCUGUUCCCGCCGCGACCGUGGGGCCGUCCCGGCAGAGCUUCGGCCCUGAUGGGCAACGGGCCGUUUCACCUUCCUGAGCCGGAAUCGCCCGAGCGCCUCUGCGUUCCGACAGGCUCGCGGCCCAACUAGCAGGUCCUCGUGUCCCGACAGGUGCGACCCUGACCGCCCAUGCCUGCGGGCACCGGGAGGCGCGGCCUCCCCCAGGGCCUCCCCCUGUGCUGGCUCUUCUGCGCUUUCGCCGUGGAGCUCUGCCGAGCAGAGGCUUCCGUGCGGGAGGAGAAGCAGUCAGUGAGCACCUCGACUUUGCCGUGCUGGCUGGGAGAAGAGUUCGUGGUCGCAGAAGAGUGUACUCCGUGUUCCAGUUUUCAGGCUAAAACCAUCCCUGAGUGUGGUUCCACAGGUUAUGUUGAGAAAAUUACAUGCAGCUCCUCUAAGAGAAAUGAGUUCAAAAGCUGCCGCUCAGCUCUGAUGGAACAACACUUAUUCUGGAAAUUUGAAGGGGCUGUGGUGGGUGUGGCUUUGGUCUUCGCGUGCCUUGUCAUCAUCCGUCAGCGACAACUGGACAGAAAGGCUCUGGAAAAGGUCCGGAAGCAAAUUGAGUCCAUAUAGCUACAUUCCACCCUUUUAUCCUGGGUCUUACAGACCAUAUCUCAGAGAAAGUGAAAUGGACUGAUUUGCGCCUUUGGUUCUUAGGAAUCUUGUGGUGGUAACCCCUUCUCCCCAUCUUCCUCUCCAUGUCAUUAAUAAGCACAAUAAAAAAGAGUAAGUUA